CGUGUAAGCGAGGCUACAUAGAAGCACAACAAAGUAACAACAAAGAUGUCGACGCAAAACAGUUGUCGUGUAACUACGGACAUUCACACCAAAUAUAGAAUAAAACGAACAUCAUAUAGAGAGGAUGACCUCGAAAAACUCAAAUUUAUUUUGGAGCCAUAUUUUCAAGCAAAUGAAGAGAAGAGGCUGAGUGAAGCAUGUAUCAAAAGAUUUUUACGUGCAUUUUUGACAACAGAAGAGACUCAUGAAGCUAUAGUUAGGUUUUUAGAAUGGAGAGACAAGUUCCAUGUGAGUUCUUUAUGUGCUGAUGAUCCUGAAAUAGCUAAGGAGCAUGCCAUUGGGAGGUGUUGUGUUAUGGAUACUAAAGACCGCGAUGGCAGGCCUGUUGUUCUCGUCAAAGUGCGGCUACACGAUCCAAGCACAAGAGAUAUGCAUUCACUCACCAAUUACACUAUUCAUAUGCUGGAACAGCUGGCCUCACAUUGCAAUGAAGAUGUGAUCGAUAACUUCUGCAUUAUAUUUGAUUUGAAGGGCUUCUCCUUGAGAAAUAUGGAUUAUACUUACGUUAAAAGACUUAUAUGGAUCUUGCAAAAUUGCUAUCCAGAACGUCUUGGAGUUUGUUUGAUUAUCAACUCUCCGUGGAUUUUUUAUGGUUGUUGGUCGGUAAUAAAGCUAUGGAUCAACGAAGUAACAGCUAGUAAAAUAAUAUUUGUUCAGAAUGAAGAUGAUCUUGAAGAUUUUGUGCCACUCGAUUCUAUACCGGAGAAACUAAUAUGAUUUAUAAAGUUAUCUUUGUUGUAAUUUGAUAAUGGAUUUGGAUAAUUCCGUGUACUGAAUAUUAUUUAUCUAUGUUAUUCGUGUAACCCAAAGCGUAGGGAUCGCCCCAUUGGAAUUCUAGCUACCUAAUUCCAGUCUUAUUCAGCAUUUAGUCGAAAUUGUCUUGUUAUAAUAAGUUUCUGCACGUGCCAUCGAAUUUUUAGAACUUUCCACAGUAGGUUGGUAAUUGCUAGCACUUCCGAGGAGGUUGGAAUAUUCUUGCGAUGUUGCCAGAGUUUGUACCCUAAACUCCACCAAAUAGGUUAUCUCAACUUUAAAUUACUGAUCUGCUUUGAGAUCCAUAUUUGUAGUUUUGCCAAAGUUUCAGUAAUUUCAUCCCUGUUAUCAAGACGGGUUUCUGGCCUCUAAAAUCUUUGCCACUGAAUGUUAUGGAACGUUGGUAUCUGUUUCUCUUUUGGUGAACCUUGUCGGCAUCUUCGCAUUGUUAAUUUUACCCAAUAAAAGACGUGGAGAAGGGAAAGGUUUAGGGAACAUGUCCCCUCCCAACGUAUAGAAAUAUUUGAGGAGGCCUGAUGAGAAGAACCGGUAACCAGCACCUUCCCGGAUGCUUAAACUAUUCAAAUGGUCCCCUCCACCCUGAUUUGGAUUGACUGUUUUAAUGUAAUUGUAAGGUUUAGGUUCUUAGAAACAAAUUUUUAAUAAAAGUCAUAUCUUGAAAGAAGCUCGUUAUUUCGUUGUUUGUCUUUUCAUUGCAACAGUAGAUAGUAAAUAUUUUUUUCCAGAAUUUGUUUAUACCUGCGAAAAAUCUCUUUUCGAUUCCUGGUGUCUUCUAAGGUACCAGGAGAAGCAAAGAUUAGUGACAUGAUGUCCACAUUCUAAAGUAAGCCGAUGAGUUUCGGUAAGCAGAAAAGUCCUAGAUAGAAACUGAAAUGAUUGCUUAAACACCUCCCAAAAUGUUGAUCUGAUUAACAAAAGUACAGGACUGGCUAAGAAAGCAUAUAUUAACGAGACUCAAUAAUAAGGAACUUAUUUUGGACAAGCUCUAAAUUCCGAUAUCUUUAUGUUCGAAUGGAAAAUUUUUCAAGCCUCGUAGAUGAAGCAGUGCUAUGUGACCACUCAUUCCACUUCACAGCGUUUAGUUUUGUCGACAGAAUUUUAGAGGUUCGGCAAUUCGAUUCCUUUUUAUGUUCAGAAAGCGAAGUAACUUGAAGGAACAGCAAAAAAAUGUUGAUGAGUAACUUCCAAAACUGACGAUAAAAAACUUUCUUUAUGUUUUAGGGCUGUAGUGUCACAUCGAAAAGUAAAGUACUUUGUGUCCUCUACAAAUCAUUUAAAAGCUUAAAAAGCACUUUACUCUAAAUGCAGUUUGUGUCCCUAAAAGAAGACCUCUUCUGCACGUUUUUCACUAUGCUAUCACCUACUGCCAAGCUUCCACCCUUCAAAUUGUUUUUUUGGAGAGAAUGAAGCCGUAUGCUUCGACGAUAUUCUGAAAAGAAUACAAAUUUGAAGCCUACAGAAAUUCGUCGUAUAGGCUGUAACUGUUUGUAAAUGUUUGUAAGGU